UCUCUUGUGCACGUUGAUGUUUUUCUGAAUUAGCUGCGGACGCUUCUUCCUCUUCUUCACCUUCUUCCUCCUCCUCAUCCUCCUCUUCUUCCUCGGCCUUCCUCCUCCUCGUCAGACAUGUCUGUCACGGAGAUGUUCAGCUACAUCCAGGGCUUCCUGAGCGCGGACCAGGACGUCAGAGAGGAUAUCCGUAAGGUGGUUCAGACAUUGGAGCAGGCAGCUAGAGAGAUUCUGACAGUUCUCCAAAGUGUCCACCAGACCUCUGGAUUCAAAGAAAUUCCCAGUAAAUGUACACGGGCACGUGAGUUGUUCUGCACAGUCAGGACUCAAAUCACAGACCUCAAAACAAAGUUUCCUGUGGAGCAGUAUUACAGGUUCCAUGAACACUGGAGGUUCGUGCUGCAGCGCUUGGCUUUCCUAGCAGCCUUUGUCGUCUACCUGGAGACUGAAGCUCUUGUGACUCGGGAGGAGGUGGCUAAGAUACUCGGCAUCGAGGUGGUGCGAGAGAAAGGGUUUCACCUGGAUGUAGAGGACUACCUGGCGGGUGUGUUGAUCAUGGCCAGCGAACUGUCACGACUGGCGGUAAACAGCGUCACAGCAGGAGACUACACCCGGCCGCUCCGCAUCUCCAACUUCAUCAAUGAGCUGGACUCGGGCUUCCGCCUGCUCAACCUGAAGAACGACCCACUGAGGAAGCGCUAUGAUGGUCUGAAGUAUGACGUGAAGAAGAUCGAGGAGGUGGUGUACGACCUCUCCAUCCGCGGCCUGGCCAAGGAGUCUGAGUCUGGCGGGGAAAAGUAGAGGUCAGAGGUGGCGAUCGGUUGUGGGAGACGGAGGAGGGCGGAGGAGUAGCUACCCCGGGCUGGAACCUCUCCACGGCUGCUGCAGAUCAGUGACCAUAACCCAAGGCAAGGCCCAGCAGCGUAGGACAGACUGUGUGUGUGUGUUUGUAUGAAUGCAUACAUGAGAGGUGCUGUGGAAGGAUGGCAGUCUGUUGGGAUUCAAACUCAAACUUGAGUUUGAAUCCCUGGUUCAGAGGAUUCAAAUCAACGGUUCGGUUUGUUGCUAGUUUUUGUAAAUCUGUGUUCUCAGCUUCAUCUGUUGCAUAUGUUACUGUUCCCCUGUGUAGCAUUUGCAACAGUCAACUUCUUUUUUUUAUUGAAUUAUAGUAUAUUGAUGUUAAAUUGGUUGAAAAGGAAAAACAGAGGUCAGCGAAAGUGCCCCGGCCGUGCAGAGCUAAUUUUUCUGGUCGUUUAUUUGCACACAAAAAAACUUGAAUGUUUAUGUUGGGUCGUGUAUUGUAGGGCUCUGAAUGAUUGACACCUAAACAGAUAUCCAGGAGCUUAAUUUUUGAAAAAUAUUUGAUGAAACUUUGACACGAUUCAAUCUAGAAUCCGAUAAUUCCAAAAAUAACACUUAAAAAAAAAUAUUCCUAGAAUUUCUGGGUUUUUGAUCAUUAAUAGCACCUAACGUAAAUUCACAGGAUUUUUGCAAUUGAGGAUCCAUUAGAGAUCAUGCCACAGAAAUGACAAAGAUGCACUUUUCUUCACGAUAUAAAGCGACUCUGUAACCAGUUUUUUUUUUAUUAGCAAGAACCCUUUCAAAACAGUGCAGAUGAAAGCGUGUGUUGAGCCUGUUUAGUAUUUUGUUUUUUUGCGUGAUGAACCAAUACAAAAAAUUUACUCAUCAUAUCUUGUUUACUGUUGAAAAAAUGUCUGGAGCAUCCAGCAACCGUGUCAAAGUUUCUGUUUGCCUCUAGAUUGUAGUCGUAGUAGUAGAUUGGAAAUAACUCUUACCCUCUUUACGCAUCUUGUGUUUUUGUUCCCUGGUGUAAUGAGUGUAUUCCACUUGUACUGUGUUUAUUUCUUUGUUUAAAUAAGGUGUCACUACAAUGCUUAAAAUGACUGUAAAUAUAUUUCUACAAUCUACAUUUCAAGCUUCGACUGAUUUUGAUGAAAAGAGCAUUUUGCAGAAAAGAGUCCAGGCUUUGUCUUUUGUUUUAAAGUCUUUUAAUAUAAUUCAUUGGGGGGGGCAUUAUACAUUAGGCCUUUCAAAUGCACAUGAGGAAAGUAAUGGAAUGCAGUUCAGUCGUCUUUUUACAAUUUGUAAAUCUGAACCGACCUUCUCCAACAGUGCAGGAGUGUUGGUGUGUGUUGAGCAGCUCUGCCCUCCAACGAACAGUGAUUCCCUACCUGUCAUAGUGCUACGUUAUUAAAAACAUAAAACAGCAUCGGUCCUUCAAAGUGGUUUUGGUUUGAAGACUGCAAUCAGCUUCAGUCGACUAAGUUCCUUCUAAUAUGAAGAAUUGUGAUUUAACAAGACUGCGUUUCAUGUUUUACCAACAGGUACUGUUCUAUUACUGGAUAAUAAUA